CUGAGGCACAACUUCACUCAAACGAGACCAUCAUGCUGAAGUUUGCAGUGAUUUUCUGUCUGAUUGUGGCGGUCGCCGUUCAGGCGGAGCCCAAGAGAAAAGAUCCCGGAGAUGGAAAGAGAGGAGGAGGCCCACCUGAAGGAGGACCUGAAGGCAAACAAAAGAUGGAAGCCAUGAUGAAAGCUUUCGAUGCUGAACCCCGUGCCUGCAACCCCAUGUUCCUGAUCAAUGCAAAGGACUGCGUUAACGUCCCGGUCGUUUUCUCGAAAGAGGUGUUCGGCAAGUGUGGAGGUCAUGGAAAACAUGGGCCUAAAAAGGACAGACGUCGCAAAGCCAGAGAUGCUGGUAGCAAAGGUGGUCCUGGAAGCAGCGAGGAAGGUAAAGAUCGCGGUAAAGGAUGCGAUCCAUUGUGCGUUGCUGAGUGCGCUCUCAAUAUUACCAAUCACCUCGACACGAACGGAAACAUCAAUAUAGAUGCCAUCAAAGCGAGCUAUGCCCAGCAGACAGCCAACUCACCUGAAUGGGCUAAAAUUGCAGAGGACGCCAUCACCGCUUGCAUGGACAGUGUAACGAAUCAACCACCUAUUUACGCCAACUCGAGCGCAAACAACACUCAGAAGUGCAGUGACAAACCCAUGCGUUUCAUCACUUGCAUCCAGAGGCAGUUUGUCCUAAAUGCGCCAACAGGCGAGCAGGUAACUACUACUCCAUCAGGCCAGCCAAACCCAGGGCCUCAACUGCCGUCUUGCGAAGAGAGGAAGACAAAACUGCAAAAUUGCGACCCGAACUUCAUCAUCCAGUUGCCUAAGGGAAAGAAUGGCAAGCUCCAGAAAGGUGCAAAGGGGAGACGCAACGGUGAUAAACUGAAAGUGAAGAGAGGAAGAAAGCAAAAUUGAGGAAAUUAGAAUCUGAAUAAAGCAAAAAUGCUUGAACCUUAGCCCAAUAUAGCAAUGGGCUUCACAGAUAAA